AUGACCGUGAGCAAAAAUCUAGCCGGAAAGGUAGCAAUAGUUACUGGUGGUAGCCGGGGUAUUGGAGCCGCCAUAGCUAUUAAAUUCGCCGAACAUGGUGCCAACGUCGCAAUCAACUAUGUUUCUUCCCCCACCGCCGCAGAAGAGGUAGCCCAAAAGGUGCGCUCAUUUGGCGUCAAAGCGAUCACAAUCAAAGCAGAUGUCUCGCAGGAGAACGAAGUAAGCGCCAUGUUCGAGACACUCAUGCAGGAACUUGGCCGCCUCGAUAUCGCCGUGAGUAAUUCGGGUAUCGAGUAUUUUGCUACUCACGCCGAGACAACGGGUGCAGAUAUCGAUCGGAUUUUUGGCGUAAAUGUCAAGGGCCAGUAUUUUGUUGCUCAACAGGCAUACAAGUAUAUGGCGGAUCAUGGGCGAGUUAUGCUCACAUCGUCUAUUUCAGCUGUUAAGGGUGUUCCCCGCCAUGCUGUCUAUGCUGCUUCUAAGUCUGCUGUUCAAGGAAUGACAAAGUGUCUUGCCGUUGACUUUGGCUCACGCAACAUUACUGUCAAUUGUAUUGCGGCGGGAGGUGUUAAGACGGACAUGUACGAUGAAAACUCGGCUGAGUAUAUUCCUGGUGGGGAUAAAAUGACCCCGGAACAGAUUGAAGUUAUGCUGUCUAAGUGGUCACCGUUGGGUCGCGUUGGACUUCCCGAGGACAUCUCGGGCAUUGCUCUUUUGAUUGCAAGUCCGGAAUCCCAGUGGUUGACUGGGCAAACUUUUCAGGCUUGCGGAGGAGCGUUUAUGGUGUAG